CUUGAAAUUUCUAUCCAAUUAAAUUUAUUGACCUAACCGUUUGUUAGCAAGUCGUAAAAUAAACAAUUGUGUAUGAAACAGCAUUCUGCUUUACAAUGUUAUAUAACGUAGCUGCUUUCCUUCUGUUAACAGUUUUUGUUCAAUCCGAAGACCAAUCAGCUGGAAUAGAUUUUAACUACUUAAGCCUGAAGGACGACAUUUAUGACGAACAAGCACAGUUCAUGUCUCUCAAGAAUCCCCAUGAAAAGGCAUCAGUUGAAAAGACCACAACGGAAGAUCCUUGGGUCCCAUUCGACUUUUCGAAAUUUGACGCAUACCUCACUAAGACGCAAGAUGGUGCCGACAAUAAUAGAAUAAAACGACACGCAAAGAACACGGGAAAUUUCGAUUCGCUGGUCGGACCGAAGAUCCGAGAGCGACCAGAUCAUUACCUUUAUCCGGUGCCGAUUAAGGAUCGGAAAUUCGACUUCUUCACCACAUCGACCACAAGAAAGCCCCCGAUAAUGCCGGAGUCCAUGAAUCCGGGAGUCGUAUUCCGAGUGCGAAUGGCCGAUGCGAUUUUACGCAUCAAACAACGAAUGUACGAGGACCCGGAGAGACACAUCGAAUCUGAUAUUAUAUACACGAAUUUAAUUAAGAAAGUAGUCACGGACGAAAUAACCAAGUUCCAUAAUCUUCUGCUGAUGUACAAAACGGACAGGAGUAUAAAGGAGCAUCUAGGCGAAUGUGGUGGCAGGAUAUACAAGUUCAUCAGCUAUAUGACGAUCAAAGUGCACAUCUACUGCCUCUUCGACGCGCUAUGGAUAGACGGAAACCCCUACGUCAUCGGUGAUGAGUACUCCGUGACGCCCGUAGAAGUGCCGCCGAUGUUGCAGUGCGAUGCUGCUGAAUGCAAUUCCGUUAUAUUUGUUGAUUCGAUUAGUGUUCCCAAGGACUUCGAUAGGCACCAUAUUCACGGUAGAAGAAGGAGUAAACUUAGAAGCGGCGUAGCUUCUGAUGCAUUAAAGAACAUUACUACCGCAAACGUUCCGGUUGCCAGUAAGGACGCUACGAGACGCAAGAACAGAAAAGAUACCUACGACACGGAAAGCAAUACAUCGUCGUUUGUGGAAAUGCCGAAGGACCUAUAUCAAGCACAUCUGCGCCCCGGGGUUAUUUUUAGAAUACACAUGUCUGAGGCAAUUCUGAAGAUGCAAUAUAGAAACUACGCCGAAGACAAAGACGAGUCAGUGAUAGAGGCGGACGUGGAAUACCUGCGCCUGACGAGGAAAGUGAUUAGCGACGAGAUCACCAAGUUCGAGGACCUGAACUGGCUGAUGGGAUGGUUCCAGAACCGGUCCGACCUGAUACACGAGCACACGUGUAACACAAGAUAUUACACCGUAGGGGUACCGCCAACGAAGUUCUCGGGGCCGGAGGAGUACAUGAAGCGGGCAUGUCUGUUCGACAGCGUGUACGUCGACCAGAUGCCGUACGUCGUAGGCGAGGACGGCUCGCUGUUGGCCGCCGUUGCCCCGCCCGUGCUUCACUGCGACGCCGCCACGUGCACCUCCGUUCCGUUCAUCGAUAGUCUGAUGUUUGAGGAGCAGUACGGUCUAACGAACGUGCGCACGAUAACACGAUGCCAGGCGAGCUGCCGCUCGCACUGCAAGAACGACGCCGAUUGCUUGAAACGUUGCUCCGAUAGAUGUCUCCGAACAGAAUAGUUGCUUUCAAAUAAAAAUAAUGUUAACCUGUUUU